GGCGGGGCCGGGGGCGGGGCUGCCGGCGGAGCGGAGCCGGUCGGAGCAUCCUGCGCCCCGGCGUGGGGCCCUGCUGUGGCCUCGGGACCCUCCCCUGGACCUGCCGCAAACCUAGUGUAGAAUCUGGAAACUGCAACCAUGACCACUCACGUCACCCUCGAAGAUGCCCUGUCCAACGUGGACCUACUGGAAGAGCUGCCCCUCCCUGAUCAGCAGCCAUGUAUCGAGCCUCCGCCUUCCUCCAUCAUGUACCAGGCUAACUUUGACACAAACUUUGAGGACAGGAAUGCAUUUGUCACUGGCAUUGCAAGGUACAUUGAGCAGGCUACAGUCCACUCCAGUAUGAAUGAAAUGCUGGAGGAAGGGCACGAGUACGCCGUCAUGCUUUACACCUGGCGCAGCUGCUCUCGGGCCAUCCCCCAGGUGAAAUGCAACGAGCAGCCCAACCGCGUGGAGAUCUAUGAGAAGACAGUGGAGGUGCUGGAGCCGGAGGUCACCAAGCUCAUGAAAUUCAUGUACUUCCAGCGCAAGGCCAUCGAGCGGUUCUGCAGCGAGGUGAAGCGGCUGUGCCAUGCUGAGCGGAGGAAGGACUUCGUCUCCGAGGCCUACCUGCUGACCCUGGGCAAGUUCAUUAACAUGUUCGCUGUCUUGGAUGAGCUGAAGAAUAUGAAGUGCAGUGUCAAGAAUGACCACUCUGCCUAUAAGAGAGCGGCCCAGUUCCUGAGGAAGAUGGCAGACCCCCAGUCUAUCCAGGAGUCCCAGAACCUCUCCAUGUUCCUGGCCAACCACAACAGGAUCACCCAGUGUCUCCAUCAGCAACUGGAAGUGAUCCCAGGCUAUGAGGAGCUGCUGGCUGACAUUGUCAACAUCUGUGUGGAUUACUACGAGAACAAGAUGUAUCUGACCCCCAGUGAGAAACACAUGCUCCUCAAGGUAAUGGGUUUCGGCCUCUAUUUGAUGGAUGGAAAUGUCAGCAACAUUUACAAACUGGAUGCCAAAAAGAGAAUCAACCUUAGCAAAAUUGAUAAAUUCUUUAAGCAGCUGCAGGUGGUGCCCCUUUUCGGCGACAUGCAGAUAGAGCUGGCCAGAUACAUUAAGACCAGUGCUCACUAUGAAGAGAACAAAUCCAAGUGGACAUGCACUCAGAGCAGCAUCAGCCCCCAGUACAACAUCUGCGAACAGAUGGUCCAGAUCCGGGAUGACCACAUUCGCUUCAUCUCCGAACUUGCUCGCUACAGCAACAGUGAGGUGGUGACGGGCUCCGGGCUGGACAGCCAGAAGUCAGACGAGGAGUACCGCGAGCUCUUUGACCUGGCCUUGCGGGGCCUGCAGCUUUUAUCCAAGUGGAGUGCCCACGUCAUGGAGGUGUACUCUUGGAAGCUGGUUCAUCCCACAGACAAAUUCUGCAACAAGGACUGCCCCGGCACAGCAGAGGAGUAUGAGAGAGCCACACGCUACAAUUACACCAGUGAGGAAAAGUUCGCCUUUGUUGAGGUGAUCGCCAUGAUCAAAGGUCUGCAGGUGCUCAUGGGCAGGAUGGAGAGCGUCUUCAACCAGGCCAUCCGGAACACCAUCUACGCAGCCCUGCAGGACUUUGCCCAGGUGACACUGCGCGAGCCCCUGAGGCAGGCGGUGAGGAAGAAGAAGAACGUCCUCAUCAGUGUGCUGCAGGCAAUCCGGAAGACCAUCUGUGACUGGGAGGGGGGCCGAGAGCCCCCGAAUGACCCUUGCCUGAGAGGGGAGAAGGAUCCCAAAGGUGGAUUUGACAUCAAGGUGCCCCGACGAGCCGUGGGACCCUCCAGCACACAGUUGUACAUGGUGCGGACCAUGCUCGAAUCACUCAUCGCAGACAAGAGUGGCUCCAAGAAGACCCUGAGAAGCAGCCUUGACGGGCCCAUCGUCCUUGCCAUUGAGGACUUCCACAAACAGUCCUUCUUCUUCACCCAUCUGCUCAACAUCAGCGAGGCCCUGCAGCAGUGUUGCGACCUCUCCCAGCUCUGGUUUCGAGAAUUCUUCCUGGAGUUAACCAUGGGCCGGCGAAUCCAGUUCCCCAUUGAGAUGUCCAUGCCCUGGAUUCUAACAGACCAUAUCCUGGAAACCAAAGAACCUUCCAUGAUGGAGUAUGUCCUCUACCCUUUGGAUCUGUACAAUGACAGCGCCUACUAUGCUCUCACCAAGUUUAAAAAGCAGUUCCUGUACGAUGAGAUUGAAGCGGAGGUGAACCUGUGUUUUGAUCAGUUUGUCUACAAGCUGGCGGACCAGAUCUUUGCUUACUACAAAGCCAUGGCUGGCAGUGUCCUGCUAGAUAAACGUUUUAGAGCUGAGUGUAAGAAUUAUGGAGUCAUCAUUCCGUACCCACCGUCCAACCGCUAUGAAACGCUGCUGAAACAGAGACAUGUCCAGCUGUUGGGUAGAUCGAUUGACUUGAACAGACUCAUUACCCAGCGCAUAUCGGCCGCCAUGUAUAAAUCCUUAGACCAGGCCAUCAGCCGCUUUGAGAGUGAGGACCUCACCUCCAUCGUGGAGCUGGAGUGGCUGCUGGAGAUCAACCGGCUCACACACCGGCUGCUCUGCAAGCACAUGACUCUGGACAGCUUUGACGCCAUGUUCCGGGAGGCCAACCAUAACGUGUCCGCCCCCUACGGCCGCAUCACCUUGCAUGUCUUCUGGGAGCUGAACUUCGACUUCCUCCCCAACUACUGCUAUAAUGGAUCCACAAACCGUUUUGUCCGAACUGCUAUUCCUUUCACCCAAGAACCACAAAGAGAUAAACCCGCCAAUGUCCAGCCUUAUUACCUCUAUGGAUCCAAGCCUCUCAACAUUGCCUACAGCCACAUCUACAGCUCCUACAGGAACUUUGUGGGGCCCCCGCAUUUCAAGACCAUUUGCAGGCUCCUGGGUUACCAGGGCAUCGCUGUGGUCAUGGAGGAACUGCUGAAGAUCGUCAAGAGCUUGCUCCAAGGAACCAUCCUACAGUAUGUGAAAACACUGAUAGAGGUGAUGCCCAAGAUAUGCCGCUUGCCCCGACAUGAAUAUGGAUCCCCAGGGAUUCUAGAAUUCUUCCACCACCAGCUGAAGGACAUCAUCGAGUAUGCAGAGCUCAAGACAGAUGUGUUCCAGAGUCUGAGGGAAGUGGGCAACGCCAUCCUGUUUUGCCUCCUUAUUGAGCAAGCACUGUCACAGGAGGAAGUCUGUGAUUUGCUGCAUGCUGCACCUUUCCAAAACAUCUUGCCUAGAGUCUACAUCAAGGAGGGUGAGCGCCUUGAGGUCCGGAUGAAACGCCUAGAAGCCAAAUAUGCCCCGCUUCACUUGGUCCCUCUGAUAGAGCGGCUGGGGACCCCUCAGCAAAUCGCCAUCGCUCGGGAGGGCGACCUGCUGACCAAGGAGCGGCUGUGCUGCGGCCUGUCCAUGUUCGAGGUCAUCCUGACCCGCAUUCGGAGCUACCUGCAGGACCCCAUCUGGCGGGGCCCCCCGCCCACCAACGGCGUCAUGCACGUCGACGAGUGCGUGGAGUUCCACCGGCUCUGGAGUGCCAUGCAGUUUGUCUACUGCAUCCCCGUGGGGACGAACGAGUUCACAGCCGAGCAGUGUUUCGGAGACGGCUUGAACUGGGCUGGCUGCUCCAUCAUCGUCCUGCUGGGCCAGCAGCGUCGAUUCGACCUGUUUGACUUCUGUUACCACCUGCUAAAAGUUCAGAGGCAGGACGGGAAGGAUGAAAUCAUUAAGAAUGUGCCCCUGAAGAAGAUGGCAGACCGGAUCAGGAAGUACCAGAUCUUGAACAAUGAGGUUUUUGCCAUCCUGAACAAGUACAUGAAGUCUGUGGAGACGGACAGCUCCACCGUGGAGCACGUGCGCUGCUUCCAGCCACCCAUCCACCAGUCCCUGGCCACCACCUGCUAGGCAGAAGGUCCUGCAGACCCUCGAGCUGGAGGAGGAGGGGAUGCAAGAGAGAGAAAGCCACAGCCAGCCCACAGCAGGGUCUGCCUGGACAGUAUGUGGGAUGGACCUGGAACCAAUUAAGACCCUCCCCAGACACAUUGACCCUAUUCCCAAGGGCUGGGCCUGUGCAUGCUCUCCCAUGACAUCUCCAUGGUGGUUUUCCAUAGCAUCAAUGAAAAACACAAAACACAUGAAACAGGGCAGUGUGUGCUUUUCCUUUUUUCUUUUUUAUCUUUUUUCCCUUAGCUGUGUUAGAAGCUCCUAGUUUCACCCUUUCUCCAUCCCACAGUCCCACCCCAGAAUUGCAGCUGCUUCCCAAGACCUCCUCCCAAGAUGACAACCUCCUGCUCCAUGCCCAUGUGCGACCCCUGGACUGAAGUCUUAGAGAUUGAGAAGAGGGCAGGGCAUGCCCAGAGGUGUCUGCCUGGCCUGUCUGUCAGGCCUCAGCCCCCUGGCAUCUUCAUCUCCUCUGGCUCCUGUCCUUCCAUUUCCCCAGGUGGCAUCUUCUCCUGCUCUGACUGCCAGGGAUUCCACCGCCAAGACUCUUCCUGGACCAGGCAGUGGAGGCGGGUGAGCAGAGAAAGAGGUUCCUGGUAUUGGAGCUGCAGUAGGGGGUGCUGGCUCUGGCUUUUAUUGACUCUCACGAACCACAUCCUAACUCCCCUCAGGGGGCAGUCCUGGGGAGAACUCAAAUUCAGUCACAUCUGUAUCCCACUGAGUGGAAUUGGGGGUAGGAAGAUCAUUAGGGCUGCUGUCAGGAAGCAGCAUUAUGAACACAGUCAGGAAUUCCAUAGCUCCAAACAGAAAGCUUUUAGACCUUGUCAUCAGCUUGCUGGUGAGUUAGCUCCUGUUUCAUUGAGCAAUCGAGCCAUGCAUGGUGAUGGUCAUUGGGCAUACAGUGUUGAACAAAUCGGGCACAGCACAGCCCACUGCAGUAGCCAGCAACCAAAUUAGGGACUUCCUCUUACACAAUCUCUCAGCAAGAAAAACUCCCAUAAGAAAAAAAUAUAUAUAUUAAUUAAUUAUCUCAAAAGAAGCCAAAAACAUCUUGGGAACAUUCUCAUUGCUCUGGGGUGGGGGAGGCAUCUUGGGGUAAAGGGUAUAAAUACUGCUAGUCAAUGAGCUUUCGGUCCCAGGUAUACCCCAAAGAGGGGACCUGUCUUAGUGAAUCAGAACUUUCGCUGUCCUAAAGGCUGAAAGAUUCUUGGGACAUUUUAUCUUUUGUUCUCAACUCCUUAUUGCUCCUUAACUUAAAUUUUGGGGUAUGGAUUCUCUCACACAAGCAUAAGGACUUCCAUUUCUCAGACUGCACCAAAAUUCCUCUGCAGAAUCUCCCAUCAAGCAUAGGGAAACUGUUUAGAAGGACAGAAGCCUUAGGCAAGUAAAUGUGUCAUUACAGGGCAAUUCAAAGGGGGUCUGUGGCCCUGAGCUUUUUUAAGAACACAUAAAGUGUGACAUUUGGCAUUUCUCCCACAGCCUAGGAAGGAAAAGAGAGAAAUUUUUAAAAGAAAUAAAUUACAGUAUCCCUUUCCCCAGGACAGAUGAAUGGAAAUGGUGACCGUUAGUCAGAUGGCCCAUUUUUAACUUCAUGCAAAGAACAAAGAAAGUGUCCACAGAAAGAUAUUUGUGUGAUAUACUCAGGUCCUCCAAGAGGAAAAAGGUGGAACUCUCCAAGGGUGGUCCAAAGGGCACCUACCUUUAUCAGAACUUCCUGAGAGUAGAACAUUGAAAUGCAAGUUCCUAGGCCCCACCACAAACCUACUUAUUCUGAACCUCUGGGGGUAGGCCCAGGGAAUCUGCAUUUUCCACAAGCUGUCAGAGCUAUUCUGCUGCACUCAGAAGUUUGAGAACCAUUGCUGCAGAGGAAUCAUUCUGCUAACCUUGUGCUUUGAGCUACCUCUGAGCCAAAAAAGAAAGUUUAUAGGGAAGGAAGGCAGUUCACAGUGGAAGCUGGCAGUCUAGACCUGCCACUUUUUACUCUGAUUUCUUUUUAUUCCCUCUUGAUGACCGUAGAUGUGUCCCACAGGCAAAAGAGGGAGGUUACAGCACCACAUGGUGGGAUGCUCCUUCAAAUCCACUGUCCCAGGGCUACCUGUCAUCCAGUCUUCAGUCCUGCCUGGCUCUCUUUUUCAAAUAGUUGACUAGCUGUUAAGUUCUAGAGUCUACUCUAAAUCCUUGACUGUGGCUUUGUGGAAAUAGGGUUAUCCAUUUGAUGAGUUUGCUCCUGCAAUAAUCUCCACCCCCAACACAUCCACCCUGGAUUCAUAAUCCCAAAUUUGACCCUCUGGACAGAGCCUCAUUAUCCUCAUGAGACCUGAUCCCAGAUUAUUGAGGUCUGUACUUUCAGGAGAGAGGUUUCAUUUCCUUGGCUUGUCAGCUGCACUUAUUUCUGAAUACUGAAUAGUUUUAAUAUUUUCUCCUCUGCAGGGUUAUUUCCCCCUUUUGAUUUUUUUGUGUGUCUAAGGACCAGGAAAAACAUCUUGGGUUUUAAAAAGUUAAAAAAAAAAAAAUUCUGUUUUAGAAACUGUCCAAUGUACCAUAUUUGUAUUAAGAGUUGUUGGGGAUUUUUGUACAAUGAAUUUACAUUUAUUUAUGGUGGCUCCUAUUUACGCUUGUGAUCAAAUGAUGUUAAAUUCUUAUAUCAUAUUUGCUAUGCAGCUGAAGAUGAUAUUUUAAUUUGUAUUUUUGAGGUACCUGUGUUGAGUUGAUACACAUUUCCAUCUCCAUUAAAACUGCUUCCAAACUAGUGAAACCAA